UUGAACGGUAAGUCGUACUUACUUAUGUAUUUGGACCAACAUUGUGAGAAUGAUAUUUCCACAAUCACUAGCAAACUCAUGGUUUAAAUGGAUAAUCAAGCUACUAUUCAUGCUUUACAAGCGUCAGAGACAUACGGAGGAAAUUGUAUGCAUAUUGUGCAUAACUGUCGCAAUAUAAUCAAGAACAAUAGUUGGGAAGUUUAUUCAGGAAUACUAAAUGGGAGUGACGUGGCCACAUUUAAUCUCAAAUACGUAGUAGGAGUUAACCUCAUUUGCAUCAAAAAAAAAUAAAAAAGUACAAAGAUAUCAUAUGGAAUCCCCUCAACAACAAAAAAAAAAACACAAACAAAAACAAAAACAAAGAUAUGGGAAUACUAUUCUACCUAAAUAAUCGGGCUUUGUAUUUGUAUUUUUAUUUUUUUGUAUAUUAUCUAAAAAAUAUUCUUGUGAAAAAAGAGUUUUUAUCCCCCAAAAAAUCUGCUUUAUUUAAACAUAACAAAAAAUACAUACUACUCCAAUUCUCUGAAAACCCUAAUUAGGAAUUCAAUCCGUAAACUAACAAGAUCAAUUAGAUUAAUAGGUCUUAACUUUGGUGACGUUCUUCUGUCUUCUUAGUUCUUACUUCAAAUUUGCUCUUUGCAUCCGUUUUGCUUCAAAGCUUUAAGGUACAGAGCGGUUAUUGAUAAAAAUGGGGGCUAGCGAGGCGAAAUGGCCGGCGAUAGGCAUCGAUCUUGGGACAACUUAUUCGUGUGUGGGAGUAUGGCAGCCACAACAAAACCGUGUUGAGAUCAUUACCAAUGAUUUAGGGAGCCGUACGACGCCGUCGUGGGUGGCUUUCACCGCCAAAGACCGCCUUAUCGGCGAGGCUGCAAGGAAUCAGGCGGGGAAGAACUCUUCCAAUACCAUUUUUGAUGCAAAAAGGCUAAUAGGUAGAAGAUUCAACGACAUUAACCUUCAAAAAGACAUGAAAUUCUGGCCAUUCAAAGUCGUCCCCAUUCCCGAUGGUAACAACGGAUUAAAACCCAUGAUUGUAGUCACCAACCAAGGUAAAGAAAAACAAUUUUCCCCAGAAGAAAUAUCCUCAAUAAUCCUCGCAAAGAUGAAAGAAACUGCAGAAUCCUACCUCGACACAGAAGUAAAAAACGCUGUUAUUACCGUUCCUGCAUAUUUCACUAAUGCACAACGACAGGCAACAAAAGAUGCCGGAAUCAUAGCCGGACUUAACAUAAUUCGAAUGAUCAACGAACCAACAGCCGCCGCAAUUGCGUAUAAGUUUGAGAAGUUUACUAAUAGUAUGGCUACACCAAAGAAUGUGUUGGUUUUUGAUCUUGGAGGUGGAACUUUCGACGUUUCUUUUGUUACGAUUGAAAAAAACGUUGUUAAAGUGGUUGCAGUAGGUGGUAACACUCACCUUGGUGGAGCGGAUUUUGAUAGUAGAAUGGUGAGUCAUUUUGUGGCGGAGUUUAGAAGGGAACAUGGUAAAGAUAUCGGUGAUAAUCCGAGGGCGAUUGGGAGGUUGAGAGCUGCUUGUGAGAAGGCGAAGAGACUUCUUUCUUUUACUACUGAGACUGCUAUCGAGAUUGAUUGUCUAUAUGACGGAAUUGAUUUUUCGACUACUAUAACUCGUGCUCGGUUUGAGAAGAUGAACAUGGAUUUGUUUAGCGAGUGUUUGGAUGUUGUUGAGAAAUGUUUGAAGGAUGCUAAUGUGGGUAAGAGUGAGAUUGAUGAUGUUGUUUUUGUGGGUGGGUCGACUCGGAUCCCUAAGAUUCAGGAGAUGUUGCAGGAUUUUUUCAAUGGAAAAGGCAUCUCGAAAAGUCUUAACCCUGAUGAGGCUGUUGCUUAUGGGGCGGCCAUUUAUGCUGGGAUCUUGAGUGGUACAACACAACAGAAUGAUGAGCAGUUUAAGCCGUUUAUCUUGAGUGGUACAACACAACAGCAUGAUGAGCCGUUUAUCUUGACUGGUACACCACAACAACAACAACAACAACAACAACAACAACAACAACAACAACAACACCAUGAUGAGCAGUUUUCGGUUGUGGAUGUCACGCCUUUCUCCCUCGGUGUCAAGCUAUCGAGUGGUGGUGGACGUUUUAGAGUCGUGAUACCGAAGAACACGCCGAUCCCCACGAAGAUGGAGAAGAGAUCAAUCACUGCUUUUGAUUACCAAACUAUGAUGAGGACUAGUGUGUACGAAGGCGAGAGCUCCAUUGCUGAUGAAAACAACUUUUUAGGCGAUUUCCUUCUCCGUAACAUCCCUCCAAAACCAAAAGGGGUAGUCAAGGUAAUUGAUUGCUUCACCAUCGAUGCAAAUGGUAUAUUAACUGUUACAUCGACAGAGGAAAGUUCUGGGAGGAAGAAUCAAAUCACGAUUAUGAAUCAUAGUGGGAGGUUAUCGAAGAUCGAGAUUGAUAGGAUGAGGGAAGAGGCAAGAGUGUAUAAUGUUAAGGGUAAAGAGAAAAAGAAGACUGCGAAUGCGAAGAAUAGCUUGGAGAAUUAUAUGAAUGAGAUGCAGGAUACCUUGAGAGGAGGUGGUGGGAAGAUGAAGAUUGGUAGAAAAGAUAAGAGGAAGAUUGGAGGUGCGAUUGAACAGACUGCAGAAUGGAUGAAGUUGAAUAAUAAUAAUAACCACCGUGGUGAAGCUUGUAAGUUUGUAUUGGAGACAAUAUUGUUCUGUAUGAUGAUGUAUGUGGGGGGUUUUUCGCUCUUGUCUGAUUGCUUCUGGGAGAUGGAGUAUCUUAAUUCUGUUAAGACUUAUGGGACUUGGGCUACUGUUGCAAAGCGAUUUGAUGAUCUUGCUGAGUUCUAUUCUUGGUGUAAGGGUGUAGAGUUUGCUGCUACGCCUUCUGAUGAGAGUAUUAGUGAGAUGUUGCUUGUUAAUGUAAACCCUGCUGAAGUUGGGGAUAUUGUUGUGCGAAGUCAGCUUGUGUACGAAGUAUUCUGGUGGUGUUCUCAUCAGUCAGUUGCUGGUCAUGGUAAGGAAACAACCAUGGAUUCACAUGACAAUUUUCAGAUGCUAAGUGUUGAAGAAACACAAAGCCACGAGCUCCUCAAGCUCUUCAAUGGCUUCCUUAGUUUUCCUUCCUUCUUUCUUCUUCUUAAUUUCCUCCUUCACUCACAAAUUCAACAGUUUGAGGAGAAAAUUAAUGAACUUCAGAGUAGUUUUGAUCAUAUUAUUGUGAAAAUGCGCCAACAGUUGAAAACUGGUGUUGGAGUUGGAACUAGUUAUACUUGCCCUAAGAUCGAGAUUGUGGAGCUCGAUUGACUCGAUCGAGCUUUUUUUUUUUUGGUAGAGUGAAGUACGUACUUGGGUUGUUAUUGCCCAUAUUCUUCAUUUUUUUUCUAAGUUUUGUGUGGUUUUAGUAAAUAUCUUUUAGAUUAAUUCUCUUUUAUAUUGUAUUAUAAUUUUUUUGUGUUCAAUUUGUUUUUAUUUUUCUAAUUUUAGUAAUGAGCAAUUACUAUUUAAGCUGCCUCAGGCCCCUAACCGUUUCCUUAAUAGUAUUCUAUGCGUGCAUAUAUUUUUAAAAAUCUUAUUUAUAUAUACGCAAGUAUGUUCUAACGUUUUAAAAAAAAUUUAACAAUUUUUAUAAUUGUAUUAUCGAUAUCUUAUAUGGAUUAACCCAUAAUGCUGACAUUAACAAACUUUCCUUUUUUUUUUUUGAUUUUCAGUUUUAAA